AUGUUCGGGGUUGGAGCGUUGUUACUAAAAUCCCGCCUGCCUGCCACAUCUUUUCUGCGUCCCGUCGUUGUGGUUUUGUCCUCGCCAGCGGUCCCUAGACAAGCACGUGUUAACAUGGCCGAGGAGGCGAAGAAACAAGCCGCCUAUACCGCGGUGGACAACCACGUGCAGAACAAUCAGGUGGUUGGAGUCGGCAGUGGCUCGACCAUCGUUUACGCAGUGCACAGACUUGCGGAGAGAGUGCGGGAGGAGAAGUUGAACAUCACCUGUGUGCCCACCUCCUUCCAGGCACGCCAGCUGAUUGUGCUGCACGGACUGAUGCUAUCGGAUCUGGACAGGCACCCUGAGCUGGAUGUCGCCAUCGACGGGGCGGACGAGGUGGACGCCGAUCUGACCCUGAUCAAAGGCGGCGGGGGCUGCUUGACUCAGGAGAAGAUCGUGGCCAGCUGUGCCCGCCAUUUUGUUGUCAUCGCCGAUUACAGGAAGGACUCUAAAGCGUUGGGCCAGCAGUGGAAGAAGGGCAUUCCCGUCGAGGUGGUCCCCAUGGCCCACGUGCCCGUCUCCCGGAAGAUCGUCCAACUUUUUGGAGGAGAGGUCAACUUGAGGAUGGGUGUCGCUAAAGCUGGUCCUGUGGUGACAGACAACAGCAACUUUAUCCUGGACUGGAAGUUUGAGCGCAUUCAUUGCUGGAAGGAUGUCAACGUAGCCAUCAAGAUGAUUCCAGGGGUGGUGGAGACGGGACUGUUUGUGGGCAUGGCAGAGCGAGCCUACUUUGGCAUGGAAGACGGCCGCGUGCUGCUAAGGGACGCGCCCGUCAACUGACGCCGCCGUCUGGGGCUCAUCACGCUACUUCCUUUUGGAACACCAUUUGACUCAUCAGGAGUCUGAUGUGGGCAGUUGACACAGCUUUUAACUCUGGGAGUAUUAACUCUGGAAAAGACGUUUUAAAAUGCAACAUGUUUUUACUUACAGAAUAAUAGAAUAUGAUUUUACUUGACUGGAUAUCGGACGGGCCAUAAUCUUCCAUUUGUGCUUGCAUCAUUUCGGUUCACUGAUUCUCCCGUCCACACUGACCGAUGAGAUAUUUUAUUUUUUUAAAAGCUUGCAAUAGACAGAUAAAUGAUGUCCAACUGUUAUGUUUUGCCGGCAGCCACCCAUAUGGCCAGCUGUGCAUCUUUUUAGAUUGGAGCACACGAGAAUAUGUACCCAUGUGCCUUAACAUCGAAGCUGCUGUUGUGUUUUGAAGGAAGUCAAAUGAAGACAGCGAAAUGUCAUCAUACCUAAACCAUGUUAUGCUCACGUAACUCUUCCUAUGUCUCCACGUCUCACGCAACCCUUAUGCCAUCAUUACAUCGGCAUGUACACCAAAGUCCAUAUUUUGUAUCAGCAUUUGAAUCAUUCCAAUGUGACUGACAAAUGAUUUUCACAAUCGCCUACUCUUUCUUUUUCAAGAAUACGUGACCAAAAUCAUGCAUGUGCCUGCUUCUAACUUUUCAAAUAAACUUAAUGUCAUAUUUGA